AUGGUUCGUUUCAGUACGAUUAUCAAGCCCCACAAAGCUCUUGAAUCCACGGUCAAGGGAUCCGCCAAGCUGGUAGGAUCCUCUGUCAAAGGAUCGGCCAAGCUGGUGGGAUCCUCGGUCAAAGGGUCUGCCCAAGCCGUCGGAUCCACGAUAACUGGAUCCACGCAAAUCGUAGGAUCUUCCAUGAAAAAGGUGAUAAAAUAUGCCCGUGGUUCUAGCAGCUCUAGUUUAAGUAAAGAGAAACAACAAGAAAGUAUCGAAGAAUUAAUCGAGGAAAAUGAACACUUGCGACAGCGAGUUUCAGAGCUGGAAUCUGCCUUGGAGCAAGCAAAGCUUGAUUUUCAAGCUCAAGAAGACUUGAGAUCUUUUGGUGGUUUGUCCAUGCUGCGUGCUGCUAAUGUCAGCAUUGGAAAACAGUUAGGACAAGGUUCGUUUGGAGCCGUCUAUGGUGGUAAUUGGCGAGGAGUCAGGUGUGCUCUGAAAUUCAUCAAGCAAUCCAUUGUGGAUGAACUUCGAAACGAAUGUUCCAUCAUGGACAAGAUUGAUCACCCCAACAUUGUUCGACUAUACGGAGUUUGUAUAGAUGAAGGCAAGAUUCCUGAAUCUUGGCCUGCUGACUUGAAUCCUCCCUGUCUGGUGAUGGAAUACAUGGGUUACGAGUACAAUGGCAAAAAGUGCAGUACACUAGUGGACUUUGUAGAGGCAGCCAAACCUGACCGAAACAACGAAGAACUUUGGAUUCAAGUGUGUGGAAUGUUGCAAGGUGCCGCCCGUGGAUUGGCAUAUUUGCAUUCUCAUGGUGUAAUUCAUCGUGACAUUAAGGGCGUCAAUCUAUUGUUGGAUUCCAAGGGUAACUUGAAGAUCGCUGACUUUGGUUUGGCAAAACUAUACGUGAGCGGUGUCAUUAAGAAAAUGACCAUUUCAAAAUCCUUCAUGCACGGCCCCCUGAAUGCUCCCAAGGAAGCAAUGACGGGAAUGACGAGUGCGGCAGGAACGUAUACACACAUGGCGCCCGAGGUCAUGAACGGUGGCGACUACAAUAUUGCUGCUGAUAUCUUUUCAUUUGGAAUUACCAUUUCGGAAGCAUUGGCGGGUGCGGAAGGAGAAGACAUUGUUGAUACCACUCGUACCAAUGAAUUUGGUUUGGACGCGAAAAAGCUAGCAGCAGUGGUUGGUGGCGACCCUAAAGAAAGAAGUGACAUUCCAGAACAAUGUAUUUCCGUGGCCGUCAAAUGUUGCGAUGUGGAUCCGAAAAAGCGACCCAAUGCGGAUCAGGUGGUUGGAAAGUUGCAGCUGGUUUUGAUUUCGCAUCAGACAACCAAGCUUCGGGUCACUGCUGCCGAUGAAGCCAAGAUGAAGGUGACACGGUCCGAAGCCAGUGUUGAAAUCUUUGCGAUGGCCGACAAGGAUAAGGAUGGUUUCUUGUCGUAUGCGGAAUGUAGCGCAUUGGCUGACGCUACUGGAGAUCUUGGUAUGGAAAAGGACGACUACGAGUUCUUGUGUGAAGAAGUUGGAGCUGACAAGCACAAGGGUCUCACUGCGGAUCAUUUGAUAGUCAUGUACUGCGAAAUGCAGAUUGGUGAUCCGAUUGCAGACUGGGAAGAGCUGAUGAAGAAUGGCAUACCAGAUCCAGCAACAGAAUCAGAACCUGCAAUGGACGUUGUGAAAGAAGAAUCAUAA